CAAACAACUCAAUCCCCUAAACUAAAAGAAACAUUAAUGCUCAUUGACAUAGCCAUUGUCUGGUGGUAAAACAUAAUUUUUUUUUUAAAUGAUCCCAGUUUAUGGCACUACAAGGAUUCUUGGCAGUCGAAUCAAUGGAGGGUUUUCUCCUGUUCAAUACUUGGGCUAGUUGUUAUAUGAUAUAACCAGGUUCUUACAACUUUUACUUUUUUAUUGCAGAUAAUUAAGCAGGAGACUGGCUCAAUGAAGGAAAAAUCCGGCCUGACGACGGAGGCUGGAAAAGCUCAAGAUAAUGUGAAGAAAAACCGCUACAAGGAUAUCCUUCCCUAUGACCAAACCCGCGUCUGCCUGAGUCCAACAUUACCUGAAUACAGUUCAGAUUACAUUAAUGCAAAUUUUAUCAAGGGGGUGAAUGGAAACAGGGCAUACAUCGCCACUCAGGGCCCUCUGAGUAACACAGUGGUGGAUUACUGGAGGAUGAUUUGGCAGUAUGAUGUAAAGGUUAUAAUCAUGGCUUGUAGGGAGUUUGAACUGGGAAAGAAAAAGUGUGAAGUGUACUGGGCUUCUAAUACUGAAUCGUCCACAUUUGGUCCCUUCAUCAUCACAACUGUUGAUGAAACAUUUCAGAAUAAGGAAGUGAUAGUGCGAGCACUGGCAGUAAGAUAUUGUGAUGAAACUCGCGUCGUGUCACAGUUCCAGUACAUGGCCUGGCCGGAUCACGGAAUCCCAGAUACAGCGGACAGCAUUUUGGAAAUGAUGAAACUGGCUCACGUCAAACAGGACAACCACCCUGGACCUAUGCUCAUCCACUGCAGUGCUGGCUGUGGAAGAACUGGAGUGAUUUGUGCUAUUGACUAUGUCAAUGACCUGCUAAAUGAAAAGAAAAUCAGGGAGGAUUUUAAUAUCAUGGACAUCAUUUUAGAGCUAAGAAGACAGCGACCAGCGGCUGUUCAGACUAAGGAGCAGUAUGUGUUUGUGUUUCAUACUGUGGCUCAGAUCUUUGAGAAGGUCUUGAAAAUGCCUUCAGACACUACCCAAAAUCGGAACAAGGAGUCGCAGUCUUUCUACAUUAAUGCGGCGCCACCAAAGCCAGCGCUGAGGUUACACUCCACCGGUGGUAGUGGCAACGACCAUAAAACAAGAAAUCCUCCUUCUCUCCAUCCACGACCCUCUUAUCCUCCUCCAUCCAGAACCAUGAACGACACGUACGCCGUUGUAAACAAGACCAAGAACCCCACACCUCAGCCUCUUCACCAAUAUGAUAACGAGAACCUACCCAACCUGAAAAAAACAACAGAUGAUCUGUACAGCAUCGUAAAACCAAAAAACAGGCCUGCAGGUAACAGACCUGUCAGCGCCAUGCCAGUUUAUGCCCGUCCAGUGCCGUCCAGGGAAUCGGGGUCAUCCGGGAUAAAUCUUGGAGGGUAUGAAUCACUCUCAGACUUCCGGCCAAGAGACUCACAGCUGCACCCACAGUGCACACAAGAAUCCACAGACCAAAACAGCUCUACUGACGAUGAUUAUGAAUAUGUCUCUGGUCCUGUUAUAAAAAGCACCGGCAACAGCAUCAGUAACAGCAGCAGUAACAUCAGCAGCUACAGCAGCAGCUACAGCAGCAGUAACAGCAGCAGCUACUGCAGCCCAAAUGGAAUUGGUUUUAACUGCAGAGUAAAGAAACCCAAAGGACCCAGAGAGCCCCCUUCACAGUGGAACUGCCCAGAGAGAUAAUCCAGCACACCUAUAUACAUGAUAAACCGUGGCAAUCUGAAAGUUGACAUGUCCAGGUUUAGUUUGGUAUACUUACCAUAUGUUAUAAUGUUUUGAAAGCUAAUAUUCUAUAAAGGUAAUAGUUUGUAGUGUGUAUAUGAGUAAAUGUAUGUUGUGAACGGGAUGUACA